AUGGGUAAAGGUCCAGGACUCUACACCGGAAUCGGGAAAAAUGUCAGAGAUCUUCUGUACAAGGACUACCAAGGAGACCAGAAAUUCAGUGUCACUACAUACUCUGCGAACGGUGUUGCAAUCACUACAACAGGAACAAACAAGGGAGACGUGUUCUUGGGUGAUGUAGCUACCCAAGUGAAGAACAAUAAAUUCACUGCUGAUAUCAAAGUUUCCACCGAUUCGUCUCUUCUGACCACUAUUACCUUUGAUGAGCCUGCCCCUGGUGUCAAGGCAAUCAUUAGCGCCAAGGUGCCUGACCAGAAAUCUGGCAAGAUUGAGCUACAGUACUUGCAUGAGUACGCUGGUAUCUCCACCAGCAUGGGACUUACAUCUAGCCCCAUUGUCAACUUCUCUGGUGUGGUUGGAACCGGAGGCGUGGCUAUAGGUACCGACGUUGCCUUCAACACGGAAUCCGGCGACUUCAAACACUUCAACGCUGGUUUGAGCCUCACCAAGGACGAUUUGAUCGCUUCUCUCACCCUGAAUGACAAAGGAGAGAAACUGAAUGCUUCCUACUACCACAUUGUGAACCCAUUGAGCAACACUGUGGUUGGAGCAGAGGUUAACCACAACUUCUCGACCAAAGAGAACACCAUCACCGUGGGGACUCAGCACGCUCUUGACCCGUUGACGACAGUGAAGGGACGUAUCAACAAUGCUGGUGUAGCCAACGCUCUGAUCCAACACGAGUGGCGUCCAAAGUCGUUCUUCACUGUUUCUGGACAGGUCGACACUAAGGCGAUUGAGAAGAGCGCCAAGGUUGGGAUUGCUCUUGCUCUCAAGCCUUGA